AUGGACAACACGACUCCAACUCCAACUCCAACUCAAAAUCAAAAUGUGGUCCAGCCCAAGAAGCCGGACCUUAUGCUUCCAGUGGGAAAGAGAAAUUGGGAUCUGGAACAAGAAGGUGAAAUUCAUAGCGUAGCCGCCAGCGGUGCGCUACUAAAGUCUUUACGACAGUCUCGUGAACGCUGGCUUUUCCACACCUUUCCCAAAUUCUCUAGUAAAAGCCGAGGCAACAAGGCAUCAUUGGCUGAUGUUACGCCCCUUAAUCAUACUAUUCAUACGCAAGGGAAAUGCGACCUUGAGAUUGGCCCUCAAAAAUUUGAAGAUACAUCUUUUUUCGCAGUCCAUUAUCUUUCUUCCCCUGCUUCAUUUUCUCAACCAGCAACCUCUCAAAAUACGGUACCCAACACUGCAAGUUGGCAUUCCAAUGUUCCUUACGGGUCCCCAUACACAUACACAAACGCUGCACCUCCUCCAACGUCCAUCCAAUCUAAUAUCUCAUCUCCCCAGGCUCAGCCUGGAACUCCCUUGAACCCUCUCAUGAAUUCACUCACCGCCGAUUCAGUUCCUAACGGGUUGGUUUAUCAAGUCAACUUGGCGGCGUCUACAAACCCAAUUUUAUCCAAUCUUCUUCAACUUGCAGCUGCACGUCGUGCAACCCCCGAUCAACUUCAGACCCUUGGUCUUCUCAUCCAGUCUCUUCCCAACAUUGAGUCUUCACUUGCUGCUUGCGAUGUACCUCCUGCCGCUGAACCCUUACCUCCGCCUACCAAUUCCAAUCAUUAUCGAGCACAACCUCCUGCGAAAGAUUUUGACCUAAUACUUGAAUACCGCGAAACGCCAAACGAACGGUGGAUUAUACCUAGAGGAUGUUAUCCUGUCGCGGUCAAGUCCGGUUCAGAUAUUUUGCUAACAGUCUGUGUAGUAGGAAAACAAGAGACCCCUUCCAUACCUUUAAGCCGAGUGGUUCAAGAUCCCGAAUCGCCUGACAAUUAUGACCGCCCUGUUACCAUCACCCUUAAGAAUGCGCCUUCUAAUCUUUGGGAUACAAUCAUGCGAUGGAUAGGAGGACACGAGAAAAUGGAACUCAACAAAAAAUACCAAGAUAGCUUGACACCCCCGCAAAGAUUAUUCCUCGGAUUGCAACUCUCUUCCAACGAAUCUGUCCUAGCUCAGCUUCAAGCGGCCUCAACUCAACCUUUCUCCAUGAAAACGUUGAAACAAGGACCAACAACACAUUCCCGUCGGCCUGGUCGUGCUAAAGCCGGAAACACCCAGCGACGAACUACUGCAACUCACCAAAAACCUGGAAGCCAACCUUCUGAGGCGGCAGCCAAAAAAAGUCGUAUUAUGCAGGCCAGGUUUCCACCCUCAACACCGAUACAAUGCUUAUCCUGUAAACAAGGCGACGUUCCUCUUCUUCUGGGUGGAAGGUAUUGUCGCACAUGUGUUGAGUCUGGAAAAUGGAAGAGUGAUUUGGCCCAGUCCAUAACUCCGGUACAAUUUGUUCAGUCACAUCUACAGUCUCUACAGCCGACGAUGCCUGUGACUCCUGCUGCACCAGUAACACAAGAUACUUAA